AUGUCUAACGAGAGCAAGUUGAAAAGCCUUAAUCGCCAACGAGGUUCCAUGAAAGCAAAACUCACUUCGUUCCGCCUAUUCUUAGAAACGUUAAACGACGAUCACAACACAAUAGAAGAACUCGAAAUCAUAAAUUUGGAACAACGAUUCGAGAAAAUCAAAGAAUUAAUUGCAAAUUACGAUGCGUGCCAAACAGAGAUCGAACAACUAACGGAAGACGAUGGAAUCGACGAAUGCUACACACAGAGAGAAGAAUUUGAGACUAAAUAUUACGAAGUGAUAUCAAAGGCGCAAAAACUCAUUUACGAUCUAAAGCCAAAGGUCGAAAUCGUCGAUCAGGAUCUCAGAGCACAAUUUGAUCAUGCGUCACGAGACUCAUUUCAAAAUGUCAAAUUGCCUCAAUUAAAACUCCCACAGUUUGAUGGGUCAUACGACAAAUGGCCAAAAUUUCGUGAUAUGUUUUGCUCAAUGAUACAUUCUGACGGCCGAAUUGAUCCAAUUGCAAAAUUUCAAUAUUUGCAGGGUUUAUUAUCAGGAGAAGCGGCAAAGGUUCUUGACGGAUUGGAAGUCUCAAACGUGAAUUAUGAAGCAGCAUGGGAACUAUUGUCCAAAAGAUAUCAAAACAAAAAUUUGAUGAUUCACAAGCACAUAGGAGAAAUAAUUGAGUAUCCACGAUUAACGAAGGAAAGCCACGAAUUCUUGCGAAGAUUAGUUGACGCCAUUCGAAGUCACAUGCGGGCGUUAACAGCGUUAGAACAGCCAGUAGAUAAAUGGGAUAGUUUAUUAAUAUACUUGAUUUCAGACAAGCUCGACACGUCUUCGAAAAAGGAAUGGGAAAGAGAGCGCAUAGAACAUGAAAAUUUACCCAACAUGGAAGGUUUUUUGGAGUUCCUCAAGAAGCGUUGUCAAUUAUUAGAAAAGGAAAAUGCCGAAAAUGUGGAAAAUCACACAACACCUUAUUACACUUACAAGGAAAGGGACCCAAGUGUCCCCCUCCGAUUUUGA